UAUUGCGAUCCCAGCGUGGGCUGUCCCUGUCACAACUUCCCUUCUAGUUCGCCGACUUCGGUGAAUUUGAAGGCUUCCUGUCGCCCCCGGGGACGAGCCUCUGUUUGGAAGUUCUUUUUGCGAAAGGCGCUUGCUGCUGGUCGUGUAGCUGCAUUCUGACAUUGGCGCACAACAUGGCGUGGAGCUCGACAUCUUUGGACCGUUUCCCAAGUGAGCCAGGUCAACCUCAGACGGGCACUCUCCCAACCCCGAGGGAGUCAGAACCCAAGGUGAAUGCAGCAGAGAAUGCAGAUACCCAAUAUGCGACAACCGACCUACGACGCGCCAACACGGUUGCCCACGGGAGAAAUAUCAAAGAAAAUCCAACCAUUGGGUCGAGAACAACCCGGGAACGGCUGGCUACUUCUUUUCUGCGGGUAAAGGACAGCCACGAGAUACUGCGAAAGCGCUCCUUCCAGCGAUCCGAUCCCCCGCAAGCGCCGCGUGAUGCAGUUGUAGGAGCUAGAGAACCGAACCACUUUACUGUGGGAAAUGUCGGCCAGAACGGAAAGAUCUUUCUCAGGCCAAUUCGCAACCCGUCGAUCAAAGAACCCUUCCCGGCGCCUUCUGUCCCCUCACCCAACCAAGCUAGACAUGAACACCUUUCGCACGGACGCAAUGGUCCUGCGGGCGACGAACCAUCAAGAUGGUCGAAUUCGCAGCUCUCUGAGCUACGCCCGGACUUUAUCCCCGAAGAGAGCUGUGAAGAUGGCGACUCAGUCAACACACAGUCGGCGCGUUCUCAAUAUCACGGCCUACCUCAUCACCGACCUCGUAAAGCGCACUCGUUCUCUACCAUAUCAGAACAGCGGUCGGAGUCGCGUGCAGGUCGCGCAGGGGAGCUCCGUAUCUUCAUUGAUCGCCCGGAUAAUCGCCCAAAAACUGCAAAUGAACCGUCGCAGCGCAUAUUGGAGGCUUCAAUGCCUCGUUACAGAUUGGACUUGCCUCAAACUAACCUUGACAAUGACACGCCUUUGCACAGCUCUGUCUAUUCAAGAACUUCAGUGUCGGAUAAUCUGCGCACCUCACGACUCCCGAGGGAAUAUUGGAUUGGAACCCUAGCCUCUGAUGCUUAUUUGCAAAGCCCGGAACGUCCCUCCUUCAUUGGCUCAGUAUUUUCAGGGGCGGGUGCCAUCGAAUUGCCCCGAAAUUCUGCAAUCAGCGAGAACCCUGUCUUCUACGAACCAAAAGAGCCGAUUGAGCCAGCUAUAUUUGAAACUUUAGUAUCGGAUAUGGACAAUGAAUCGGUGGUCCGCUAUGCUUCCGGCACAAGAGACAUCAGCGCUGCCACCCCGGCCCGUAUUGUCGCACAAAUCUCCUCCGCAUCAUUCAUGGAUUACGAGCUUGUAUCCGAUUUCUUCCUCACAUUCCGCUCCUAUAUCUCGGCUGGCACACUCCUCGCCCUUCUCCUCGCUCGACUACGGUGGGCAAUCAAUCGCUUGCAGGACGACGGGCGAAUCAUUCGUAUUCGGACAUUUGCAGCUCUGCGACAUUGGAUUCUCAACUACUUCGUGGAUGACUUUGUUCCCGACUAUGAUCUGCGCGCUCACUUUUGUGAAACAAUUAACAGCAUGUACGAUGAUGUGAAGUCUCGACAGAGCGGUGGCAUGAGUGAUCUGAAAAUCCUCAUAGAUCUGAAGCGAUGCUGGUACGGGAAAUGCUGUCUUUAUUGGGAUGUCACGGACCGUCAAGAUGCAUUCCAGAGCCCGGACAUUGCCAUUGUCCCUGGCGGGCGUGAGACGGACAGUUUGCUGGAGCCGGCGACCGGCGAUGGCCUACUGACUCUGGUGCGUACCAAAAGCGGGCUGGAGGCUAGGCUUACGGGCAACCAGCACCCUCCAGUGAUUCAGCAUAGUCGGAAUAACUCGUCAAACACGGUCAAGAGUGUACCAAUCUCAGCAGGGAGUGACCGGAGCGCCCAGCCAGUCUCCUGUUCUCUGCCCCCAAAAUCUCCGAAGCGUCUGUCGUUGUCGUUUGUCCACAGCAAGGCGCCCCAUCCGGUGCCCAUCAUGCCUCUGAAACCGACUUCCUCACGAGAACCCUUUCCUCCUUCACCCCUUUCUUCACGCCGUUAUCCAUACCAUAGUCAUGCUCACAAGCGUAGCGGCAGCUUCUCGGACUCUGUUCGAGAUGACAGAGCGCCCCUUUCUCUAUUCAAUCUCGAGCAACAGGGCCCAGCUUCCGCGCAGGAAGUGCUUGAUCUCGGUAGCCUGAUCCGUGGAGAACUAUACCCACCAGCAGAGUCAUACACAAUUAUGAUGGCUCCUCCAUCCCCUCCUCUGCCGUCAUCAGCUAAGGACACUGCUGCGGACCGUCGAAGCACCACGUUCGGCAUACAGAAACCUGCAACCUCAACCUCUGGUGUUAAGACAAUCAUUGGCUCAAUUCGUCGGGCUUUGAACAGUCGACACGGCGGCCAUGGUAGUCUUUCACGGGCCAUGCACGGACACGCAAAUCACUCGGUACGGGGAAGGACUUCUGCUCUGCCCACUAACGUUGCAUUCGGAUCGGAUGUCUACAAGGGUAAGAAGACGGCGGCUGCGGUGAAGAAACCCAUGCGGAUUGACACUCUCUGCGACGAGGCUCUAAGGCAAUACCGUGCUGCGCUCGCCGAGCAAGUUGAUACGACAACAGACUCACAGUCGUCCGAGUCUCAAACUCAUCCAGGAAGGAAUGAUGGACAUGCGGAAUUCCAUCCUGCACCAAGUCAGGCGAGAGCAAAAAGCCAGGCUACCACUGGUAGCGAAUCCAUUGUCAUCGUAGACGGAACCGGCCUGGGAAUACCUGUUAUGUCGGGAGCUAUCGGAGGAUCGAAUGCAGGCCUUGAACAACCCCCUGGAUUUUUGGAGGUCGCGCCUUCCCCCGCGACAGUGAGAGCGCCGUCCUUGUAUACGCCUUUCCAAAGAUCAACCCUUGCGACCGACGAGUACUCGUUACCCAUCUACUACGAUGAUGCCGAUCCAGGGCCGUCGAGCCGAGCCUCUUAUUUUCUUCGCUCUUCCGGAUAUCCCGACUCGUCGCGCAGAUCGUAUUCUGUUGAACGCGGAUCCAACCUGUGGAAGAGAACGUCUCCUUCUUUGCGCCUGCGGAAAUAUGCUUCCUUUCAGAGUGGGAUAUCAAAGCACCGCCUUACCAUGGGUAGCGAGCAAAUUCCUCCGUUGUAUCAUCGGAGCUCCCGGCAACAUUCAGAUAGACCCUCUGGACCGACGCUGCGCAGGCGUCCUGGCGGCGACUUGCGUCAAAUGCGUAACGGCGGUGGCAGUCAAUCCAGACCGGAUUCAGGAUCCUUUGCAUCUGAUAUCACCUACCGCAGUUCCGGCGCUGACACGGCCAUCACCCGAGUUGAUGAUCCUACUUCACGGCCUCAGACGAGUCUUAUCCCUCCCAAUCCCCGACUUUCGCUAUUGACAACACACUCGUCGCAGAACCUGCGGCGCUCCUUUGAGGCUGCCAUUGCGCAGUUUGCGCAGAUCCCAGAUGAUGAUGAUGGAGGCGUCGAGUCAACGCUAUUAAAGCUUGAAGGGAAGUGGCAAGGUACAUCCGGCGCUGGUGCGGAAACAUCCACGGGUGGGCCCGGACAGCGGCUUCCAAGCUUCGAGCCGGGUGGGGUUCAUGAAGAGGAAUGGUUCCAACGGGAUUAUGCGGAUGCAGGACACGAUAAUCCCACGAGCUUGGAUGCGGUCGCUAAGAGACGCCAAACCUUCUUUGGUGACGGCCUGACUUACUCCCAAGUCCAGGGGCGUGUUGUUCCGCAAAGACCAUACUCUGAUUCUAUUGCUGAAUCGGAAGACUCGUACAGCUCUAUACCACUGCUAGAACGGGGACUGAGUGACGAGUCGAUGAAGAAACCUGUGACUAGCCGCCCUGCAUCUCAUAGAACUGGGCCUUCUCGGUCUCGGCCUAGUUUCUCGAGUCGAGAUAUGUCGGAUAUGGGAUCGUCUCAUCCGUCAUUUGAUAUCGUGAAGGAGACCGAGAGUAUGAAGCGCAUCCCACGAGGCUCGACACUUCCCGCCAUUCCCUCUGGACCAAGGAGGCAUACAGGGCGUCUUUCGGGAUUGUCAUCCGAGCUUUCGGCUGAUAUGAUCGAUUCACGGGAAGCUAUAGAGCAACGCUUUUCGAUAGAUACGCAGAAUAUGAGCGAUUCGUCGCUUGGCAUCCCGCCUCAUCCUCUUGCUCACCCCCCUUCUCCCCCGAUGACCAUACAAAACACGCGAUCUGUGGCGUCCUGCACUACCCCUUUGAACCCAGUGCUUUUCCAGGCUCAACCUCUAACGCCGGACCCUUCUCCGAGAAACAAGAUGACGGAACAAGCAAGUGGCCGGCCCAUCAAUAUGCAACAGUUAUCGGGAGACGUCCUUUCCCAGUCGGAAAACGCUCGCCGGCUCCCAGAACCACUUAAGACUGCCACUCCCGAACAUGUGCCAUUUGUUCUAUCAUGCGAAUCGCAUGUGCUCGCUCAGCAGCUGACACUGGUCGAAAUGGCCGCAUUAAGUGAGGUGGACUGGAAGGAUCUUGUUGAUAUGCGAUGGAGCAGUGGCUCACCCUCCACGCUGAGCUGGGUGCAAUUUCUCAUGGAAGACGAGCAUAGAGGCAUCGACCUUGUUGUGGGACGCUUCAACUUGAUGGUGAGAUGGGUGCUCUCGGAAAUCGUCCUGACCCAGGAUAUCCACGAGCGAGCGCGCACAAUCGCAAAGUUCAUCCACACAGCAGCACACGCAAGGAGAAUGUGCAACUACGCCACAAUGCUUCAGAUCGCCAUUGCCCUCUCGUCCACUGACUGUUCUCGCCUCCAGGCCACGUGGGCUUUGGUACCGCUUGCGGAUAAGCGUCUGUUAAAGGACAUGGAAUCGCUAAUCCAACCGAUUCGCAAUUUCAAUGAGCUCCGCCUCGAGAUGGAAAUGGCAAAUGCGCAAGACGGUUGCAUUCCGUUUGUUGGCCUCUAUGUCCAUGACCUGACGUAUAAUGCACAAAAGCCCGCGCGAGUGACAACGCAGGACGAAGAGUCGCUGAUCAACUUUGAGCGCUACCGGACCACUGCCAAGAUCGUCAAGAGCUUGCUCCGGCUCAUCGAUGCGAGCACCAGGUAUCGGUUCGAGCCUGUGCCCGGCAUCAUCGAACGCUGCCUUUGGAUCGCAGCACUUCCGGAAGAGCAAGUUCAAAUGCGCAGUAAGCAGUUGAACUAAGCAUGGUGACGACUCCCUUCUGAAGCUCAGAGAAGAGCGACACAACAUAAAAUGAAGAAAAAAAAAAAAACCAAAAAAUCACAACAUACAGCUUUUGCAUGGAGGCGUUGUUAAUUCGUUCACCCACACACCUGAUAUACCCAAGCAUACCCUGAAUGUCUAUGAU